CCUUGGCUCACACUCGAGCCAUUCUUGCUUUGCCCGCUAUUGCAUGGACCUUGUUGCAUAGUCCUAUAUUCCACAUUUCCACCCUUCAGUUUCUCAUAUAUAACCUCCAUGGAUUCCCUGGUACCGACAUUAAACCUUCCCAUCUAACCAAAUCAAUUCUUCACCGUCUAUCGUAAUCAAACAUGUUCUUCCCUCCCCCCAUGACAGAUAACCUUCCACCGCUGCCUUUGGAAAACAUGGAGGCGCUUGCGGUCGAUCGCCUGUCCUGGUUUGCAGGAUAUGACAUCGAAAAUCACGAAUGGAUCACGUUCAAGGGUUUGAAUUGUGAUGAAUCUGUUUACGACAAACAUGCGUGGAGCAAGCUGGUCAAGGAUCAACAGACCAUGGAUCUCAUUCAAUCCAUAUUGGAUACCAUUGGAUGUUCUCCUGGCAAUCCGCAGCGAGAGAAUGCUCUGGAAGGAAUGAAUGUCCUCCUGAAAGGGGCCCUAGGAACCGGCAAAAAGACAGUUGCUCACGCGAUCUGCAACAUGCUCAAGCGCCCGAUGCUUGACAUUCGGGCCGGUGAUAUCCCAAUGACAUGCGACCCUGCCAAUGUGCAACCUUGGGCCGCCAAAGUAGCAUCGCUUGCGAUGAAGUGGAAUGCGGUGAUAGUCGUAGACCGCGGGGACUAUUUUAUGAACCGUGAAUGUGCAGAUGGUCCUGAACGUAUCAAUUUGAUGACUCAAGAAUUCAAAUUCUAUGGAUGUAUCUGUCUGUGGCCUGCGGUAUUGACGGAUGAGCAGCAGGCACUGCUUAUGCCGUUCUCAGCCACCAUCAAAUUCCCCGAUCUUGAUCUAGCAGCCCGUCGCCAACGUUGGCUACAGCUCUUUGGCCGAGAUGACCUGGCGGCAGCCAUUUCUAGCGGCAAGGACGCUACCGAGCAAGAUACGAAGGCAUGGACCUUCCUUCGGGAGAUCGAGAAAAUCUCUUGGUACAAACUUGAUGGAGUGGACAUUGACAGCUUCAUGGCUUUGGCACAAAACUUGGCUGGGGGACAAGGAGCAACUCCUCAGGACGUAAAGAAGUAUCUCAAGGUCUGGGGUGUGCCCCUUUCCGCACGAAGCAAGGUAGCGCGGUUUUUCGCGCUCCUUACCAGUGACGUGCGUCCGACCGACUUUGCAUGUGAGGGAGGUAUGGUGCCUAUGUGAAAUAUCUGCUUGACGUCUUGCACUUUUUGUAUAUGUGUUUAUGGCUCAUGAGAUCUGAGAGUUGUGCUUGUCACUAUACUUGUCAUUGUACAUAUGUAAUAACUAUGUCACGGGGGAGAUGGAGGACUUCAUUAUUGAUCGUUAGCUUUUUCUAUGCAGCAGCGUCUAGGAC